AUGCCGCCAAAAACCUCGUCUCUAGCAUCAUUGCUCGGCACGCUUACCAAUGCAGCUCCCGUCGACUUUGACCCAGAAGCUCCGGAUGCCGAUCAGCCCACGUUCACCACCUUUGCCAACGGAAGCGAUGAUGCUGCAUCCGAAUCUGGCAGUGACGGAGAUGAAGAUGAAGAUGGCGAUGACGAUGACGAUAAGGAGGAGGAGGAAGAGCUCAUGAAUCCAAGAGCGCACUACGCUGACGUGGCCACAAGUGAUAUGCGCAAACGGGCCGCGUUGAGCGAGAGCGACAAGAUCAACGAUCCGAGGUAUCAUGGUGUUAAGAGCAGUCGUGCCGAGCUAUAUGCAGAUGAUUACAACGGCGAGCAUGCGAGCGACGACGACCAAGACGACCAAGACGACCAAGAGGACGAAUAUGGCAGCGAUGGGGACCAAGAUGAGGAUGCUGACCAAGACGACGAGGACAUGGAAGUAGCAUCAUCUAAGAAGGACAAGAAGCUUCGAUUUGCUGCAGACAACGACGAAUCCGACGACGACUCUGAUAGCAGCCAAGUGAACCAGACGUCAGCACAAGCAUCAACAUCCAACAGCAUUGCAGCUCAGAUUGCUCAAUCCGCGUCCCAGGCGAAAGCGCUCAAAGCACGUCGACUCGAAGAUGCCGAAAAGGGGCGUCAAGUGCGCAAGCAGAUCAAGACGUACGAACGAACGCUCGAGACGCGCAUCAAGGCGCAAUCUGUGCUUCGCGACAUCAACCGUCUUCCAGAUCCCCAAGUCUAUCAACAAGCCAUGACGAGCUCUUCGACUUGCAUCGAGCCGGCCAUCGUGCUGCUCGAACAGCUGCUAGAGCUGUCGGAUACGUUGUUCUCGCUUCGCACGCGUCUCAACACUCUCUCGAACAGUGAGGAGGAGGAAGAUGGCAUGGUAACAGCACCUUCAACGAGAAAGAGGAAGAGAGACUUUGACGUGACCGUGCCCGAGCAUCAAGAGGAAGUCGAGCAGACGUGGACCCAGAUUGCAUCUCACGAUCAGAUCGAUGCGGUUCUCAACGAUGUUGUUGGCUAUUCUUGCGCACUCGAACCGCACCGUAGACGUGUGUUGGACAAGUGGAGUUUAAAAGUCACCUCUGCAGCCGCCGCCGCCGCAGCUGCUUCGAACGGAAACCGUUUCACCCAGCUGCGAGCAGUCAACCAGGCGCCCUCUUCGCAGAUCGAUUCUGCUCUCGCUGGUGAUGGACUCUCCCGCCUCGUUGCACGCACGCGGGUGCUGCGAUCAGAAUCUGAAGGCUCUUUCAAGUUGGGUUCAACAUCAACCAGCUUAGAUACAGAAGAGAAGCAAGACAGCGAGGUCUUCGACGAUACCGAUUUCUACUCGACUCUGCUGAAAGAGCUCAUCGAAAGACGAUCAAAUGGACUCUCGAACCAAGGUGGUGGCACGACUAGCACCGCUGUGUUACUCUCGAGCUUGCAGGGCGGUGGAAAGAAGAAGAAGCACAACGUCGACACAAAGGCAUCCAAGGGCAGGAAAUUGCGUUACGAGGUCAACGACAAGCUGGUCAACUUCAUGCCUCCCAUUCGCGAUCGCAUCAAAUGGGGACCGGAGCAGAUCGAGCGAUUGUUCAGGCAAUUGGCGUCCAGCUCAAUGGGCGUAGUCAAGCACGUAGAGGCGCAAGACAUGCAAAGUGAUGACGAGGGUCAAGGAGAUGACAUGGCAAAAGAUGCACAACUCGCCGGUCUGCGUGUGUUUGGGUGA